AUGAUUCGACCAAGAGCGACGAGAGCUCUUGCCAUAAACGGAUUAACAAUAACGGCAACGAUAAGUCGCGAUGACGAAACGAUAUUUAAAAAAUGCGGUCAAAAUCUACAAACGUUUAACGGUACGGUAAAAGAAGAAGAAGAAGAUUGUAAGUAUCACGUGACAGGAGAAGACGAGUCAUUGGAAUGGGAAAAAUGGAAAAAAAGACGAGAACACUACGAUAAAAAGAAAACAAACGGCAACAACAACAACAAAGAGAAAACUUUAGAAAAUUCUAAAGAUAGUUUGGAUUUGAUGUACGAGAAGAAAAAAAUGGGUAUGAUGGGAAAAUCAUCGUCGGUUGAUUUUCCCAUAGGCGGAAAAGAAUGUUUGAAAAUUCAAGAUAACGGUGAGAAAAUCGACGAAGUACACAAAAAAAACGGAAAUGAUAAACCGGAAAAGGAAAUCGGGGUUUUCGAUACGGAUGUUCAGGUCAUACGUGAAAGUUGUAUACCACGUAGCGUGUCCGAUAUAUUGGAUAUCGAAAAAAAAAAAAUGAAAAAAAAUGAAAAAAAGGAAAAAAAAAUUAAAAAAUACCCGGAAAUGGAUUUGACGUUAAAAACCGGAAAUAAAUUUACGAAAAAAUCCGAAUCUUUCCAUCACUUGACUCUACUUCCGUCGACGAAAAAGAAAAAAAAAAAUUUUCCCAUCGAUAACGGUAACGAUAACGUUAAUGAUGAUGAUAAUAAUGAUAAUAAUUAUGAAUAUUGUACGAAAAGGAAAAAAAAUAUAAAGUGCCUCGAAUACGAAUCCAUCGUUUACGUCGAUUUUAAAUAUGGUGAUAACGUUAUCAGCGGCGGUAAUGGUGGCGGUGGCGGCGGUAAUAAAAAGUGUAAUAAAACCGGAAACGAUAAAGACAAUAAAUUGUUUAGAAAUUACCGAUCUAGGAGUGCAACGAUUCCAAGGAAAUGGAGCGAAUAUAGCCUUUCUACUCCAUCUACGACAUCUGAAUUUUUCAAAAAAAAAAAAUGGCGGGAAAAUGAAUGA